GGCAGGAGGAAGUGGUAUGAAACCAGGAAGUAGGAUCUGCCGGAGGGUUGCCGUGCCUACGACUUUGGUUUCGAUUUCUCCGAUCUUCUGCUCCCAGAUCUGCAGAGAAGUCUAAUCGAAACGCUGGCUUAAAGGUGAUCCCUCUGGUGCCCCGAUCUCUACCUCUUGCCAUGGGGCACGCUGGGGAUAGAUGGCAGGAGGUCUCUGGUGAUUCUGAGGAAGAAAAUGAAGAAAUGGCUCUGCCUGAGGAGUCCGAAGCCACCCUGGAUGCCUGCAGCCAGCGGAGAAACAAUGCAGGCUUCUGGCUGCUUGGCCUCUGCAACAACUUUGCUUAUGUAGUGAUGCUGAGUGCAGCCCAUGACAUUCUCAGCCAUCAGAAAGUGCCAGAGCAUAAUGGGACAGGACCGAUUCCCCCCAGUGUUUCUCCAGGGAAUACCACCAUCAAUACUUCUCGGUAUGAUUGCAACACCAUUUCGACUGGGACGGUACUGCUGGCGGACAUUUUGCCAACUCUCUUCAUCAAAUUCAGUGCCCCUUUUUGCAUCCACUUGUUCCCAUAUGGCUUGCGUGUUGGCAUUUGUGUUACCUCAGCUUGGGGCAGCUUUCUACUAGUGGCCUUCUCCACCACCUCAACACAAAGCCUCCUGGGUGUCGUGCUUGCCAGUAUAUCAUCUGGUCUUGGUGAAAUAACAUUCCUGGCACUCACAUCAUUUUUCAACAGUGCUGUGGUGUCUGCCUGGUCAUCUGGAACAGGUGGGGCUGGCUUGAUCGGGGCCCUUUCCUACCUCGGGCUGACACAGACAGGCCUGACUCCGCAGGAUACGCUCCUCUUUAUGACCAUUGUUCCUGUUAUCAUGCUGGGCAGCUAUUGCUUCCUGCUGGCUCCCCCUCCUGAAGCCCCUCGCUGUGGCUGGGGGGUCUGCAAGCCAAAAUCGUCAUGUGCCUCUUCUGGGAUUCAACAGCCUCUUCUUGGGGACAAAUUGACACUCCCUCAAAAGACACAAAAACUUCAGCUCACCUUGCAGGAAAAAGAACAGGUGGUCAAGGGUCUUUUGAAAUACCUCAUCCCCUUGUCUGUGGUGUAUUUUGCUGAAUACUUCAUCAAUCAGGGGCUGUUUGAAUUGUUAUACUUUCGAAAUACAACUUUAAAUCACCCCCAACAAUAUCGCUGGUAUCAGAUGCUGUAUCAAUUAGGGGUUUUUAUUUCCCGUUCCUCUGCCAGCUGUAUACGAAUCCGAAAGAUAUGGCUUCUGGCUAUAUUGCAGUGCCUGAAUAUGCUGUUUCUCCUGUUUGCCGUGCGCUACAUGUUUCUACCCAGCAUCUAUAUGGUUUUCGUGCUGAUAUUGUAUGAGGGAUUGCUGGGAGGAGCUGGCUAUGUGAACACUUUCCAUUGUGUCAGUGAAGAGAGCAAGCCGGAACAUCGAGAAUUUGCCAUGGGAGUAGCUUGCAUCGCCGACACUUUGGGCAUCUCACUUUCAGGGGUCGUUGCUAUCCCUGUCCACAACUAUUUCUGUCACCUUCCUUGAAGUCUGUUUUCCAGGAGGAUCAACAGAUGUCUUGGCACACUAUAUCAGGGGUAGUCAACCUUGGCUCUUUUAUGACUCAUGGACUUCAAUUCCCAGAAUUCCUGAGCCAGCUUAGCUGGCUCAGGAAUUCUGGGAGUUGAAGUCCACGAGUCAUAAAAGAGCCAAGGUUGAUUAACCUUGCACUGUAACUUUGUUCUCGAGUGGGCUGAUACCCAUUCGUAAGGAGGGGAAACUCCUGGGUGUAUUACUAGUAUUGGCUGACCUCCAAGCGCAAGAGGAAAGGCGCAUCAGAAGCUGCUAGGGAUUUAUCCUCUUGGCUUAAUUUCCUGAACAGUUUGAUUUAGGAAAUUAGAUAGUUUUAACGGAGUGCAGCUGAGGUUGUUCUUUUUUUCCCCCUCCUUCACAUUAUAUAGAAUUUGGCAGGGUUAAAGGAAGAAAAGACACAUUGUUGGAUGGGAUCAUCCAACUUAUAAAGUUCUCAAAGGUGUAAUACUUUUAAAGGCGCACAAAGUGAGAUGGAAACAGUUCAGAAGAUGCUUCUCUACAUAACUGGAUUCAAGAGAAGGGAGUGGAAAGAGAUGCUAUGUUUUAUUCAUAAGUGAAUAUGUUAGCAGUUAGAUGCUCAUGGAACCCCAGUGGGUGGAAAAGAUAAUAUGGUAUUUGAUCUACUUUUUUCUGAAGUUAAUUAGUAAACCAGGCCUUGGAAAACUGUUAGUGUUGCUGAAUGAUUAUCCUAUGUCAGAGUAUGAUAAAAGUUGGUAAGUUUAUAUUUGUGUGAUUAUUUGAAAUGACCAAGAAAAAAAUUAAAAAUAGAAAUUGGAGUUACGGGCAGAAAUUCCAAGGGAGAAAAUGUCAGCUAAAUAUUAAAGGUAAACUGUUCUGCUAAUAAGACAUUAGAAGUUGUUUGCUGGAUUCUUGUAAUUAAUAAUGGUGGUGUUGAGCUAACUCAGAGGUAAGCAACCUUGGCUCUUUUAUGACUCGUGGACUUCAACUCCCAGAAUUCCUGAGCCAGGAAUUCUGGGAGUUGAAGUCCAUGAGUCAUAAAAGAGCCAAGGUUGCCUAUCCCUGGGCUAACUUUCUAAAGUGAAUGACUGAAUUCUGAGAUAUACUGUCCAGCCUUUCUGCAAGACACCCUGUUAGAACUGACAUUGAAGUUUCUCUCUAAAACUUUGUUGUUAACUGCAAAGUCGUGUCCGACCCAUCGCGACCCCAUGGACAACAUUCCUCCAGGUCUUCCUGUCCUCUACCAUCUUCUGGAGUCCAUUUAAAUUCACACCUACUCUCUAAAAUUAACCACUCUUUAUUUGCUCUCCAAAAUGAACAUUUAGCUUCCAGAUAAUGCACUUCCUUUGGUAGUAGCAUCCCCUAUACUUUUGCCACUCUCAAAACUAGCUAUGAUUUGUAGUUGCCACUUUACAGUAUAGCAGUGGCCCCCAACCUUUUUGGUGCCAGGGAUUGGUUUCGUGGAGGUGUGAUUUUGUGUGCUACCUGGAUCCCACUUGCUUGAGUGGCCCGGUUCCUGGCGGGCUGCAGUAAUGGUCUGCAGCCCCACAGUUGGGGACCCUGCUGUAUUGGAAACAUAGGCCAAAUAUCCAGCGUCCAAAAACAACAGCAAAAAAGACUUCUGCCAAUGGAGAUUGAUUAAAUUUCCCCAGGGCUGAAGAAGAUUUUAAAACAAUAUUGCAGUGAUUGAUGUAAUUAUAGGUAGUCCUGGAAUUACAACAAUUUGUUUAGAGACCGUUUGAAGUUACAAAAACAUUGAACAAAGUGAUUUCUGACCAAUUUUCAUACUUAUAACCGUUGCAGCAGCCUCAUGGUCAGAUGAUCAAAAUUUGGAUGCUUAGUUAUUGACUCAUGAUGGUUAGUGUGUCCCAGAUAGGAUUGCCAUUUGUGGCCUUCUGACAAUCAAAGUUAAUAGGGAAGCCAGAUUAAUUUAACAACCGUGUUACUAAUUUAACUGCAGUGAUUCACUUAACUAUGGCAAGGAAGGUUGUAAAAUAGGGCAGAACUCAUUUAACAACUGUCUUGCUUAGCAACAGAAAUUUUAGGCUUAAUUAUAGUCAUAAUUGAGGGCUACUUCUAAUGAGCAGAAGUUACCUGGCAUUCAGAACCAUUUAUUAACUGAUACUAUAGUUCACUAAGUGUGGAAUUCUUGCCUCCCCCAUUUUGCUAUUGAUUAGGCCUAUAUAAUUAUAUUGUUAUGUUUAAUGGUGUCUUUAAUUUGAGAGCAUGAAGAUGGAAAGUAAACAUUGCAUAGAGUCAGCUUCCGCCGUAACCAUUUAUAAUGCUUGUAAAUAAAUGAGUAAAAUAAUAGAAUUCCAGAACCAAAGUCAUGUGUACAGUAAUGAGUUUAUACAGACUUUGUCAGCUGCAAUAUAAUGGUACAAUGACAUUCUAGAGAACCGUGUGAAUUAGAAAUGAAAUUAUAAAUUGAUUAUUAAAUUGCAAUAUUCACUAACUCCAAUAAAGCAGGCUUUAAAUGUAAUCCAACUGCAACACAAGAUUCCUAUAUAUGUUUGCAAACAAUGUGUUUAAUAGGCUUAAUUUGCUCAAACAUAGAAGGGUGUAUUGUUUCUAUGAAAUGUAUAAUGUACAGAUGAGUAUUAAUCAUUUGUUGGGUUCAAAAUCUACCCCCUCAUAGCUAUGCUGAUUUUGUUGUGUGCAGUAUAGAUUGUUUAAAUGCCACUGAAGAUGAGUCUUUUGUUUUAGCUUAAUAAUUGUGAUUGGUUCAUAUUUCAGGGGCAUGGGCACGUUGUACAUAUUUUUAAUGUAAUGGAAGGGAAAGUUAAAUACAGUGGAAUAAAUUGUACUAAUCAUAAUUAUUUUAAUUUAAAUGUAUGUAAUUAUUUGCUCCUACCCUGCCCCCCCCUUCUCAUGUAGCAAAGCAAGUUCACUGGAUUGGUGGGAUGUACAACAGUUUACUGAAUUUUUGCUGUUUCCAAUGGAAGGCAGUUAUAUACAUAUGGGACUUGCAAAAUAUGCCCCCAAAGUAUAGUUUUCUGUAGCUUAAAUGAACAUUAAGAAAUGUUCAGUUUGUUUACUUUUUUGUCGAGUAAAUUGAAUAAACUGAUAAAAUAUCA